AUGAAUACAAUCCAAGCCCAACCCGUCUUGCGAGGAACCAAGCGCGCCGCAGCAGCCGACAUGGACACCGAAGACGGGCCGCGCAAACACGGCAAGCGCCUCACAACCAAGGAGGAAGUCUCGCUAUUCGAGAUGUGCAAUCGGCACGCGGGCACGUUCGGCAAACGCAGCGAUAUAUGUAACUGGUGGAAGACGAUAGCGGCGGAAUUCACAUUCGCGCAUGGCCGGCCUUACUCGUGGCAUUCUGUGCGGCGAAAGGUUGAAAUCGUCACGAAGCAGCGAAUCAAGUUCCUAGACGAGCAGCAGCAGCGGCAGCGGGACUUUUCGGGCCCGAAUCUCGUGGAGGAUCUGAUGAAUCCGCAGUGGUGUGCUGUGCUCGAUGCUUGGAUUCCGAAUUGGCAGCGGUGGGAGGAGGCCGAGGCGAGGCGCAUUGCGAAGCGUGAUGAGAUGAUUGUGCGCAGGAGGUCUUCUAAGCCUGGGGAUGCGUCGUGGAGCCCUCCCACCGAUCCUCCGCAAGGGAUGGCCGUGGGGAGAGUGGGUGUUCCUUCACCGGUUAGUCCUGAUGCAAUGGAUGUCGGUGUGAGUACACGCCAUUCUUUCCAUGAUGAAAGUACUAGUACCACCCAUAUCCCGGGUGAUGCGCUUCAAAUCUCGGAUUCUACCCCCACGCCUGCUCCUGUCGUUCCGGCCCAUCCUUUCGAAACCCCCUCAGCACCGCCUACAAAUGCCGUUAGGCUACCGCCGGGGUUUGAAAAUAUGUUCUCAAAUCCCAUUCCAGUAAGCCAGGUCACACCUCCUGUGCCUGUAGCACCUAGCACGACACCGGCAGACCCGUCUCCAAACAAUCGCAUGUUCGGCGCCGUGCUGGAAACACUUGGCAAGCUUAACAAGCAUCUCGACGCCGCUUCUGGCAAUGGUAGUGCCGACGUUCGAGCCUCGCCUGUAAUAUCGGCACUGGUUCAAGCUGCCUCUGAGUCGAAUUCGCAGGCCGCCUCUGUUCAGAGUUCUGAGCGAGAGAUACAGCAGUAUCCCGGGCCAUAUGAUAUCAAUCGGAUCAAGGAUGAGCUGCGGAAUGAGCUUAGAGCCGAGCUUCGGCACGAGAUGAAGCGUGACCGGGCGGCGUUGGAAGAGAAACUAGACUCUGUCCAGCGGACGCAAGAGAUGAUUCUCGAGAUGUUGCGGCAGGAGCCCGCUUGA